GUUUUUUGUUGGGCGAAAUUGCAUGAAUAUGAAAGCCAAUACUGAAAGAUUUGUAAAUCAUCAUCAAACUCUGUUGUUUCUGUAAGGUUGUUAUUGCACAGAUGACUUAUGUGAAUAUAAAAUUUUCAUCUGUAUGGUAAUAACAUAAAAAGGCAACUAUGACAGAACCAAAUUGCACAAUAAUUGUCCGUAAUUUGCCUGCGGAAUUAUCAAAUGAUAAAAAAACUGCCCUAUUGGAACAUUUUGGAGCAUCAAAUGUCAAGUGUAUGGGUUCUGCUGGGAAAUUGAAACACUGUGCUUUUGGAUGCUUCCCUUCACAAGAAAUUGCCCUUUCGGCUGUGAAAAGAUUACAUCAGUUAGAAAUUUUGGGUAGAAGACUUAAGGCUGAAUUAUCACACGAAUGUUACAGAUCCCAUCAUCCAUCCAGAAUGAAUUAUAGAGAAGCUGCAUGUGAAGAAGAUGCUAGUACAGGAAAGGAUGACUUUUGGUUAGAUUUGCAUAGUCUAUCAGACCUGUUUAAAGUCAAAUAUCCCUUGAAUCCAAAGUUAUAUUACAAGUAUCCACGUCCAAACUAUUGUACAUUAUUAAAUAUCUCCAAGGCUUUAGUGGGUGUUCCUCGCUUUUAUACUCAAGUUCUUCAUCUUAUGAAUAAAAUGAAUUUACCUCCUCCCUUCGAAGAAAUUCACCCUGGUCCCCCUAUACCAUUUCCACAGAAUACAAAUUUGGAACCAGUAAAAAUGGAAACAGAAUCGGAAUCGGAAAUCGAAUCUUCUGAAGACCAUUUAAUCACCAUAACAAAAAAGAGGAAGAUAAAAGAAGAUAAAAAGCGAGCAAAGCAUAAAUUGCAAAAAAUUUCGCAUGGCUCUGCAAAAAGGGCGAAAUAUUCUGUGGAAGAAUUAUUCGAUGUCACUCUUAAAAAGAUUUCUAAACCUUUGAACUUACCUGCUAAUAUUGCUACAAGAGAAAAGAGAAGCGCAGAAAGUAACGUUAAUGUCAAAACGGGUUUUGGUAAGAUAGAACCACUCCCUAUACCAGAAGAAGAACCGGUAGAAGUUCCUGCAGAAAAUGUAGAAGUUAAAUUUUUGACGAGAGACGAGUUAAAGAAAAAGCAACUGGUAGAGAGUGAAAUAAUUAAAGAAAAAGUAUUUAAAAAAUAUAGUAAAGGGGAAGCAUCUUGUCGAUUAUACGUUAAAAAUUUGUCAAAAAGGGUGACGGAGGACGAUCUAAGAUCGAUAUAUGGAGGUUUUGUAGAUUGGAACAAUGAAAUAGAAAAGAAUGCAUUCGAUAUUCGAUUAAUGCAAAGUGGAAGAAUGAAAGGCCAGGCGUUCAUUAGUUUCUCUUCCGAAAAUUUAGCCAGUGAAGCCCUGUCAUUAACAAACGCUGUAUUACUUUUCGAUAAACCAAUUGUUGUUUCAUUUGCUAGAACAGCUAAAGCACGAAACUCUUAA